UCCACGCUUAUAAAACUAACUCACUGUUACCCCAUUGGUUUAUUUGCUCUUUUACGACGCCAGAUCCCCCGGCUACAGACGCUGGAUUAGGACUGGUGCUGCGUGUCACUUAUCUUCAACUUGCUUGACGAGACAGUUGUGGGACACGGAUUAGUUUCCGAUCGUACUGAAGGAGCAGCGCCUAUACAAGCCCAAGCUGCAGUGAGCCGGACUAGAAAAGCGUGGAGCUUCAGACCUGCUUGGUGGUGUAACCCUUUCCUCCACUUCCUAUCUAAUUGCGUUCAGAUAACAGCGCGACUGACGCAGGCUGAAUAAAUCUGCCGAGCUUGGAAAAACUGGUAGGAAAUUAACGAAAAUGGCAUUAUCGGAUGUUUUCUGUCACCUCUCGUGCUCUUUCAUCAAUAAUUAACAUAUAAGAUUUUAGAUGUCGAGACUAGACCGCAUAUUUCUACCGUCACUCAUGUACUGGUGAAUCCUAUAGGAGAAGCGCACCAGAAGCUUGGAAAAGGGGGAACCGGUGAAAAAGACUUGGAACUUGGUACAGAGGGAAUCGUUUUUACAAAACUCCGCAAUGAUGGUUCUCAAGAAAACCAUAUUCACGUGUUUUAUACUUCUGAUGGCGCUCGACACCCUCGUGAAGCUCGCCGGGGCUCAGAAUGAUACGGAGCCCAUUGUCCUGGAGGGUAAAUGCCUGGUGGUGUGUGACUCUAAUCCGGCUAUGGACUCCAAGGGCUCGUCCUCUCCGCUCGGGAUUUCGGUGCGCGCAGCCAACUCCAAGGUGGCUUUCUCCGCGGUCAGGAGCAACAAUCACGAACCGUCGGAAAUGAGCAAUAAAACAAGAAUUAUUUACUUCGACCAGGUUCUUGUCAACAUUGGCAACUAUUUCACCUUGGAUUCAGUGUUCUUGUCACCCCGCAAAGGGAUCUACAGUUUUAACUUUCAUGUCAUCAAAGUGUAUCAGAGUCAGACCAUACAGGUGAACCUCAUGCUGAACGGGAAGCCGGUCAUCUCUGCCUUUGCGGGCGAUAAAGACGUGACGCGUGAAGCUGCCACCAAUGGCGUCCUUCUGUACCUGGAUAAAGAGGACAAGGUGUAUCUAAAGCUCGAGAAAGGGAACCUGGUGGGUGGCUGGCAAUAUUCCACCUUCUCCGGAUUCCUGGUAUUCCCUCUGUAAGAAAAGGAAAACAAUAAAUACAUAUGAAUAAAUAAAAUCCAUAACGAGUGUGAGCUAAACGGGGGAGCCACUCAGAAACAAAACUGACUCAACAACAGUUAUGUUGGCGUCGUCUCAUAACCGAAAUUCAUUACCGCUUCAGCCGGAGUCGUCCAAAUGGAUGGUUUCAGUGUUUAUUUUUCCAAGCUUGCAGUCACUUCAGAUAUGCAGAAUGCGGAAAGACAUGGUUUGCAAAAUGUACGUGAAAACAUCCCGAAGCCUGAAAGGACAGUAUUAUCUUCCCUAACUUGUUACUCAAUGUAGAGAAGAAAGAUGUUCUCCUGCAAUGUGUCCAUCAUACCCAAUCUGCUAAAGUUUUUAUUUUUGUCAUUACAAUUAUUUUUUUUUUGCGCCUAUGUGCAUUUACUUAAUUGGUAUGUGUGGCACAUCAUGGUAAACUGUUCCGAGAUUCAUUAUCCGUCGUUCUCUCCAUCUUUAUGUGCUAUUUAUUUUGAGUGUGCCAUUGUGCGGGAACUGUCAUUGUGAAACGAUGGCAUUCCGUCACACGCAUACAUGGUGGGCGAGACUUACAGGGCAGAGGCUGACUGAAAAGAAUCGCAGGGCUGGGAGAUGGAAUACGUGAGUCCAUGGAAUUGGAGGUGUCCUUGAUGAAAUGUGAAUUAAAAUUCAAGGACUGCCUCAGUAAUGUCUGUCGGUGUAGUUUUCCCUCUGAUCUCUGCCCUGUUUUACCCAUUCGUAGAUGCCAAUGUAGAUGUAUUGUUUAAUGUGUGAUGGAAUGCAAGAAUGCUUAUUAUUACAUAAACUCCCAAAUACGGGUGUGUGUGUGUGUUUUGUAUUUUAAGUAUGCAUAUCUGAGUUUUAUCAUAAUAGGCUGAUUUUAUUGAACGUUUGCUUUCAAUUCUCAUGAGUGCCCUCUAGCUUUAAACAUGCUUUGAAUCCAUUCCUUAAUUUCCUUGCCUCAUCUGUGUGUGUAUGUGUGUGCGUGUGUGUGUGUAUGAGUGUGUGUGCAUGCAGGAAUGAAUGCAGUAGCCUUCACUGGCAAGCGAAUAAUCUGUGGAGUCAUUUAAACAGCAGAUUUGUCCAUGAUAAUUGCUGGAUUGCAACAAUCACGUUCUUGAGUGCUUGAAUAUAAUUAUCAUUGGUCUUGGGGCAUUGCUUUUAUUGUUGGAUUUUAGAUUUUUAUAUAGAUUAAACAUGUCGACGCGAAGGAAUGAAUCCAGAUGACAUUUGGUAUUUGAAAAGCCUACUCGUUCGCGCGAUCCACUGGGUGUUUGCUCUUUAAAAAAAAAUGUCUUGGAGGUGUAUCAUUGUAUGUACUUCUUUGUUUUGAAAAACGACCCUGGCAAGCAUUGACAUAAUUGCUGGGGGAAUUGGGUGCACUAUACAUCUCCUGCUUGCGUUUUUUUAAUCUCAGUGCCAGCUCUAGUGCAUUUGUUGAUCCCUACAUCUGUUUUAAAUUGUUUUUUUUUGUGUGUCUCUGCUGGCAAGUACUGCCUUCAUGGAUGAAAAGCGAAAUAGUGAAAGUAAAUUAUGAGCGUUUUAUUUGUUUCUGAAAGCCCUUAAAAGCCUCCCAUUCAGAUUUCAGUGUGGCGCACAAAGGAACAAAUCUCUCAGUGGCUCGAACACUUUAUUCAAUUGCGUGUAAGUUGCCCUACUGUGCGGCAAGUUGUCCAGAUCAAAAGUGUCACACAGCAGGUGUCAUGCAGUGAUAUCCUCACUGGAUAAUAUGACUGGAUAAGUGGAAGAUUAUUUUGAAUUAUUAAUAAUCUGCAUAUUAGAAUGGCUAAGCAUUGUUGACAUGAGGAGGGGCGGCAUGGUGGUGCAGUGGUUAGCACUGUUGCCUCACACCUCUGGGACCUGGGUUCGAGUCUCCGCCUGGGUCACAUGUAUGUGGAGUUUGCAUGUUCUCCCCAUGUACUUGGUUUCCUCCGGGUACUCUGGUUUCCCCCCCACAGUCCAAAAACAUGCUGAGGCUAAUUGGACUUGCUAAAUUGCCCGUAGGUGUGCAUGUGUGAGUGAAUGGUGUGUGAGUGUGCCCUGUGAUGGGCUGGCCCCCCCCAUCCUGGGUUGUUCCCUGCCUCAUGCCCAUUGCUUCCGGGAUAGGCUCCGGACCCCCCUGCGACCCAGUAGGAUAAGCGGUUUGGGAAAUGGAUGGAUGUUGACAUGAGAUUGGAAUACAGGCACAAUUAUAAAAGAUAUCAGUUCUAUUUUAAUGUAAUAGGCAAAUGAAUAUUUAAGACCCUUUAACUGAUAAUUGAGGGAAUGUCGGUAAUGGGGUACCUGAGAGAUUACACUUUGCAUUUCUACAGCUGUUAAAAAUCACUAUUUCUCAUAUUUCUUGACGAGAGCGGGUGUCUUCACAGCAAGUGAUGUCAGGUCACAAGUUUUACACAUGGUAUGAUACCAAGAAUAUGGUUUUUUUAACCACGUGUUGUGGUGCCAGUCUCCUGUGGCUUGUAAUUUUAAUUUCUUGUCCCUUUUUAAUCAUAUGUCAAAUGCUUGUGUCAUUUAAUAAAUCGGUCAAAUGUCUGUCAAUGAACUGCACACAAAACGUGAAUAAUGAUUCUUUAAAACAAUAUGUAAUCCCUCAUUUUGGCCAUAGUCUGUAGACAUCUGUUGGUGAAAGCUUUGCUCACUUAUUUCACACUAUAAUACUGAGGGAAAGGUUCUUCAUCUCCCAGAAUAUUUGUGACUUUUCUCCAUGGUUUUGGAGUCUCAAAACUUACUCAGUUACAUGAAUUGAGUUAGUGAAGCUUCUUGAAAUAUUUUUUAAUCAAGACGAAAGGUAUACCUUCAGUUUUAAAUUUAGCAUAAGCCCAACAGUCUGAGUGGAGUAUAAUUAAAAACUUUUAAGUAAUUAAGAAAUGGUUUUGUUUUGGUCCCACAUUAUCCUUUGCUGCUCAGAAAAUCACCCACUGAAAGGAUGACAAAAUUUACCUUCAUUGGUCAUUUCAUCUUAUUUCGGUUUUGCAGUCACGUUUCCUGUAGUUGUAUCUUCACGUACAGUGCAACUCAUCCAGUGAACAGUGUGAUCAUUAGAUAAGUGAAAGUGGCUUUCAUGUCCAACUGUAUGAUGAGAGAUCUCACUGUAUAUUCAAUAAAGAUGCAAGGCAUUAAGCAUCUGAAGAAAUAAAACCUGAAACUAAGUCUUGAGCACAAUGAUGUAGAUAUAGUAACUUAGAUGUUUGUUAUUGAUCCGGCUGGAUCCCAUCCAUCGCUGACACCAGAUGGUGCCAUUAUGGUGGAGUCUGUUUGCUGCCAUAUAGUAAAAGUAAAUCCCAAGAAAUUAAAAUGGUCCUGAAUGCUGACAUUUUUUUAUUAGGGCUGUAAAUGAAAAAGAAACUAUUUGACUGUACGACAUAUUUUCCCUUUUAAUUCUAUUUAAAUAUAUGAUGGAAAUAAAGACAUAUUUAAAGUUU